UACCUGAUAUUGGAAUAACUAUAAAGAAGCAGAAGCCAGUUUCCAGGGAAGGAUGAUAAGAUCAAAACUAGCCCCGAAUAUCCUUCAAGCUGCCCACUCCAUAGGCCACAGCCAUCGAGCUACAUUCCAUCCUGCUCCUACCUGCCGCCUCCUCCGCCUCACACUCACCUCCGCAUCACGCCUGCACUCAGGCCCCCUCCUAAGUCGGCGAGCAGACCGCGAGCUCCCUUCGAUAAAGUCAGGUCGAACAUGGCUCCGCACCUUGCCAAUUUUCUUCGUCGUUGUUGGCGCCUCCAUGCUAGGAAUAUUCAAUUACCAGAAAUCCUCAUCCAGCAUAGUCAAUAGCACCCUCUAUGCGUUGCGAGUGUCGCCUAAGGGAAGAGAGCUUCUAGGCGAUGAGAUAUACUUUGCACAGAAAAUCCCAUGGAUUAGCGGAGAGAUGAAUCAGUUGCAUGGGCGAAUUGACAUCUCAUUUUGGGUUAAGGGGACAAAAGGCAAGGCGAAGAUGAGAUUCCAGAGUACCAGAGAUGGCAGGAAUGGUUAUUUUCAAACCAAUAACUGGAGUCUUACAUUGGAAGAUGGCACAAUAGUCUCACUAUUGGAUGCAUCUCAAGGAGAUCCUUUCCGAUCUGUGAUGUCUGGAGACACUACUACUGAUUUGAAGACAUCGAUAUGAAAAGAAAAAAAUGUAGCCGAAUAUCUACAAUUGGUAAAUACGUAUAUCAAGGAUAUUUUAUCCGUGCAUAAUUAAAGUUUUUUUGACAAUGAAAGCCGGGGUAGAAGCGCCCGUUGCAGACCAACUCCUUGUGCG